GGGGCGCGCGCCUACGCGCGUGAGCGAGGGCGGCCGUCGGCCCGGGGAAGGAAGCUGUGGGGCCGAGUGCGAAAGCUGCAGGCUGCUACCAUGAGGCUGAAUCAGAACAUCUUGCUGCUGGGGAAGAAGGUGGUGCUGGUCCCCUACACCUCAGAGCAUGUGCCCAGGUACCACGAGUGGAUGAAAUCAGAGGAGCUGCGGCGUUUGACGGCCUCGGAGCCGCUGACCCUGGAGCAGGAGUACGCGAUGCAGCGCAGCUGGCGGGAAGACGCGGACAAGUGCACCUUCAUUGUGCUGGAUGCAGAGAAGUGGCAGGCCCAGUCGGGCACCAGCGAAGAGAGCUGCAUGGCGGGAGAUGUGAACCUGUUCCUCACAGAUCUCGGGGACCCCUCCUUGGGGGAGAUCGAGGUCAUGAUUGCAGAGCCCAGCUGCAGGGGCCAGGGCCUGGGCACGGAGGCCGUCCUUAUGAUGAUGCUUUACGGAGUGACCAGGCUAAGUCUGACCAAGUUUGAGGCUAAAAUUGGGCAAGGAAAUGAACCGAGCAUCCGGAUGUUCCGAAAGCUUCACUUUGAACAGGUGGCUGUGAGCAGUGUCUUCCAGGAGGUGACGCUCAGACUGAUGAUGAGUGAGCCGGAGCGACAGUGGCUUCUAGAGCAGACCAGCUACGUGCAAGAAAAGCCCUACAGAGAGGGGGCGUCGGAGCCCUGCUGACAGCCGCUGUGUGGAAGGCCUCCCCGUGAUGAUGGGCAUGGAAGCCUGGAGCUCUGCUGACAGCUGCCGCGUGGACAGGCCUCCCCGUGCGGAUGGGCGUGGAAGCCCGGAGCCCUGCUGCAGGUGAAUGGAUGGAGCCUAGGGCGCAGGGUGCGCUGGCCCCACUCCAGGCUGGGAAUCUCCUUGUGGGGCCCUUCAGACUCUGGGCCGGACUCGGCCUUGGCCUGCCUCUGGCUGGCUGCUGUGGCUGGGCUACUCCAGGGUCAGCCCGCCCUGCCAAACCUGGACUCAGACUGUUGUGGAUGGCCCGAGUCCACAGGCGGAGGAGGCAGGUAGAGGCGGCCUUGGGGACCAGAGGGGCCUACGACCUGGCAGGGCCUCCCUUUUCCCCAGUAAAGCGCACUGCAUCCAGCUGGCCCUGUUCCCUCACUGGGCUGACGGUGUGGGGGUUUGUGCUCAGUCGUUCUGCAGAAGCAGGAGGGUGUGACCCCGGGAGGUUUGGAACGGAAGGAGGGAAAGUGGUGGGUGUCCUGGUCUUUGGAGCCAGUUUUGAGGGCGGAGUAAGUUAGAUCUGGACGCAGCUCCACGUGGCUGGAGCACCCCCCGCCGGCUGCAGGAGGAAGCAGAGGCCCCCCAGGCUUUGGCCUCCUGAAGGCACUUCGCUCUCCCGGCCUCAUCCCGCGGCCCCGGGAGCAGCUCCACCUGCUGAGGCCACGAGGGGGUGCCCGCGGCACAGACCUCAGAUGGCCGGGCUGCGUGGCAGCCAGUGCUUAACUGGCAGCCGGGCACCUCAGAGCCAGCGGGACAGCCUUUGACGUCUGUCUCUCAUCACGCCCUGUCGUAACCCGGUGGCAUGCUUUCAAAACACAGUUGGAGAAGAGACCUUUGAGGGCACCUAGGGUAUUUUCGUGGAGAAGGAAAUGGCAACCCACUCCAGUGAUCUUGCCUGGGAAAUCCUAUGGAUAGAGGAGCCUGGCGGGCAGAGUCAGACGCGACUGAGGGAGGGGCAGGCGCUCACUAGAGGCCCCAGGGCUUUUGAUGACAGAGCCAGCACUGUGGCUGAGGACUCCUGGCUCCCAGGCCUCUCUCAGCAGAUAGGAGCGCGGAAAACUAGAGCCUAGAAUACGCCUGAGGGCUUUCCUGCCAAAGCAGGGGACGUGGGUUCCACCCCUGGUCUGGGAAGACCGCACGUGGCAGAGCAGCUGAGCCCAUGCAUCACAGCCACUGGGCCGGGGCUCUCGAGCCCAGGAGCUGAAGUACUGAGGUCUGUGGGCACCAGAGCCUGUGCUCCCCAACAAGAGGAGCCACCGCGGUGAGAAGCUCACGCCCCGCUAAAGAGCAGCCCCUGCACGCCAAAGCUAGAGAAAAGCCCCCGUCGCAUGAAGACCCUGCACAACCAUAAAUAAAAUCAUUAAAGAAACAUGCCUGAACCUAACACACAAACUGUUUGCUGAGGUCCCAGGCCCCUCAGUGACAGUUGCCUCUGAGCCACCUGUUCCUUUCACCUGUGCCAGCUUAAUCAGAGUCAAAAGUCCUUAGGGCAUCCCCACCCAGCAGGUGAGGUAGGGAGGGCCUGGUGGGGCUGGCACACCUGCGGGGACCUCCAUCAGAGGUCAGAGGGUGGGGGCAAGGGUGAGUAGGGUCAGGCCAGGCCCAGGCUAACUGCUGCAGUUGGUGCCGUGAUAAGGGUUUUGGAAGGUUUCUCUUUACCAGUGGUGGAAUUCUAACCUUAACAGUUAUAGUGAUGAUCAGAUAGUGACCUUCCCUGCUUGUUCAGUCCCAGGAGUCUGGCUUGAGU